AUGACUUUUUCAAUUGAGAAACUGGUGGACUUGAAGAGAAAGAAGUGGCAGUCGAAGCUCCAAAAUACAAAGAAACAGGUUUUAGGCCGAUGUUUAACAAAUUUUAGCAGACUUUUGAGUUUUCGUAAGAAACAAGAAACAAACGGAAAAAGCCCUAGAUGUAGCAAAGCCACGCUUGCUGUUGUUGUUCAUCCAACAGCCAGUACUACACAUGAUGAUUUUUUACGUAAGAAACAAGAAAGGAGCGGAAAAAGCCCUAGCUGUAGCGAAACAACGCUUGCUGUGGAGUUACCGGAUGUUCUAGUAGAAGAGAUUCUUCAACGCCUUCCGGUGAAAUAUUUGGUAAGAUUGAAAUCAAUAUCAAAAGGAUGGAAAUCUUUGAUUGAAUCUGACCAUCUAGCAGAGAAACAUCUCCGUCUGCUUGAAAAAAAGUAUGGACUCAAAGAGAUAAAAAUCACAGUUGAGCGGUCCACAUCGAAAAGCAUUUGUAUCAAGUUUUUCUCAAGACGCAGUGGAAUGAACGCAAUCAAUAGUGAUUCCGAUGAUCUUCUUCGAGUUCCUGGUUCUUGUAAUGGUUUGGUAUGCGUCUACGAGUUGGAUUCGGUCUACAUUUACCUACUCAACCCUAUGACAGGUGUGACCCGGACACUUACUCCUCCUCGAGGUACCAAACUUUCAGUUGGAUUUGGGAUAGAUGUUGUGACAGGAACUUACAAAGUGAUGGUUUUGUAUGGCUUCGACAGAGUAGGAACUGUGGUGUUCGAUCUCGACACUAAUAAGUGGAGGCAGAGAUACAAAACUGCUGGUCCAAUGCCACUUUCUUGCAUUCCAACCCCUGAAAGAAACCCAGUCUUUGUAAACGGCUCACUCUUUUGGCUAUUGGCAAGUGACUUUUCGGAGAUACUAGUCAUGGAUCUUCACACGGAAAAGUUCCGCACUUUGUCACAACCCAAUGACAUGGAUGAUGUUGAUGUGUCCUCAGGUUACAUUUACAUGUGGAGUCUCGAGGACCGUCUCUGUGUAUCUAAUGUUAGACAAGGUUUGCAUUCCUACGUGUGGGUUCUUGUGCAGGACGAGCUUAGUGAGAAGUGGGAGAGAACUAGAUUUAAUCUCCUAGGUCAUGUCUUUCCUCCAUUAAGCUUGAAUUCUGCUUGGUUUUCACAGACCUUGGUUUCUCCUUACCAGUUGUCGUCUUCAACAUGUAUCGGUUCUAGACAAAGACAGAAUAGUACCUCUGCGCUAUUUUCGAGAAAUGGAGAUACGGGAGCCAUGGACGCGCCGAUCGAGCUGCAUAUAUCUGUUUCUACACCAAUGAUGCCUCUCUAG